AUGUCGUCCAUAUCUGUAGUCCAGCAUCCGUUUGGAGCGCCCACUGCAGACCGCGACUCGCCAUACUCGUUUCCAUACUCGCCUGCAGACUAUUCUCAUCAAGAGGACUCCGCGUCGGCGACGUUCACAUUGAACCCGGCGUCUACCAGACCGCCUUCGAUGAGCGGGUCUGUAAACCUUCGGACAAGGACGCCCAAGACAUCCAUCGUCGGGAGCAAUUUUGACAGGCCGAAAUCGGUGCACGACGCUACAAACUUUGGGGAGUUUACAGUCCACGAAAAAGAGCCUCUCGAAACACACGAGGAGACCGUCGCUCCGGCAGCCAAGUCUGUGAGAGCAAUCGAGAUAUGGAGAGAGAUGUUCUUGACAUCCAAUGGGAGGGACAAGGCACUCAAAUUAAUCCAGUAUUCGAUUCGAGUCUACCUUCUGUUUCACGUACGAUCCUCGAAAUAUCUACGGCGACAGCCUCAGAAACCAUGGGAGGCGGAUAUGAUAGCCGGUCUUCAGAAAGGUUAUUCUGGAUUGUCGCUCUCCCGAAAGUGCAUGAUCAUGUUCAAUUGGCUUUCUCCUCUAGCAACCGUGUCUGCUCCGGAAUCUCUACCCUCAAAAGGAGAAAAGGCGAGACCUCAACCUCUGUUGCGCAAGAUACUGCAUUCGCCGCCUCCCGUCCUCCUCGAUCUCUUGUGUGGUAUCUCCGACGACCUCGCAACAUUUUAUAAACUUGGACUUGUGCCACGACGUAUUGGCCAGAGAGCAGAGCGCCUGGCAGACCUAUGUUGGUUUGCCGGAACUUUGGUGGACCUCGUCGAAGUUGGCGUCGAACUGAGCGUCAUUGGAGGUGCAAUCAGCGAGAUCGAGGGUCGGCUCUAUAACGAGAGCAUGACAAUUGCAAGCGCAACGACGACUUCUGGUCAAGCUACGGACGAAAAGGAGCUGGUCAAACUACGACGCCAGCAAUAUUGGUCAAAGGUUCAACGGAUGAAGCUGCUCAUGGACCUCAUCUUUGUUUCGUAUGACGUCUUCUACAUCAAGAAGUACAGCGACAUUGCGAAAUCCUUCACCGGACUGGCUUCGGCAGUUUUGAGCUCGAUGAAGCUCUAUGACAAACACCAUGGAACUCUCUCUCGGUCGCCUAUCUAA